AAACCUAGACAAAGUCACACAGGUGACAUCGCGUGGAGGUGUGUGUGUUAAAGUUAAAGAGUCCCGUGCCGCUCAGUCGUCCUGCACGUCUCACGCGAGGGGCUUGUGUCUGCAGUCCAGCAUCAUUCUCUCUCCAGUGUUCCGAGCCGACCAGAGGGAACAUGAUGCGGAAAUAUUUCUUCCUGCUUCUGUUCGGUUGGUUUCUGGUACGUUGCCAGUCAGGAAUCCCCUGCAACGUCACUCAGACCCCAAAGGGGACACUUUACCUCUUGAAUAUCACAGCACCUGACUGGAUUUACAACUGGAGCAACAAAUCCACAGUCCUCAGCACGAACAAAAAAAAGAUGGAUGGGGUAGUUUUAGACUCCAGCUUCAAUAGUCUCCUCACAAUUCCCUGCUAUGAGGAAGUGAAGUAUCUCUGCCUCUGCAAAUCCAAGAAUGAACCAACCACUGCCACAUGCAAGACCUCCUGCCCUGUAUCUUCUCCAAGGAAUGGUGGUGAGGAAUCUGACCGUUCAGAAAUUCAUCAUCCUGCUCUGUCAGGUUCAGAAACUUCUCCAAAUCACAUUGUGGUUCCUGUGACCGUCUUCUUCCUGCUGAUUGUUGCAGUCGUCUUCCUUGUUGUCUAAAGAAAAAUAAGGGUAGACGAAUCAGAAGUGCUUCCUCCUGAAAAUGUAAUGCUGGACAUAUAAAGUUCAUCAGGAGCUGUAGAGCAUAUAAGCCAAUUUUCAAGUUUUCAAGGUUUUAGUCUCCCUUUUGUUUGAAAAGGGCUUUUAAAACCAGCAUCUCAUCAGUCCUGCAGUUAAACUUGCAUGAAUGAAAACCUGUAUUUAAAGGAAAUUUAAUUUUUUUAGUGCCUUAAAGCUUUCAACCUUUUAUAAAGUCAGUUUUGGGUCAUGUGAACUGGUGCUUAUGUAACGAGUGUUAAGUUUAUUAGUGUAAUUCCACCAAAUCCAUGGUAAACUGCCGUUUUCAUACAUUUGCACCAGAGUAUUUCAUCUGUCUGAGGGUACUUGAACUCACCACGAGCACGCUAGCAGGUGCUAAUGAACAUGCGCACUUAGACUGCUGGGAGCCGUGGCUGAGGUAAGACGUGAAUCGCCGAGUGUCCACCCUUAUUAGUUUUAUUUCUUUGUAAAUUGUUCAUUAGUGUGUUACACUCAUAACUCACAAAGUUGGGAAUCGUGUGGUGUCAAUUUUACGUAAUUUGUGUUUUAUUUAUUUUUGGCUGCUCUAUAUCAGCAGAUCUGCACUGCUUCGCGUGAACUAGUUGAGGUUCGCGCCAUUUUUCUUUGAUGUUUAAAUUAACUUUUCUUUCUUUUUUGUUCAUUUUUCAAUUGUUUAAGGGGGAAAAAAAUCACACAGAAGAAACUCCAGACAGCAUUCUGAAUUUGUAUUUUCUGUUAACCAGGUACGGUGCAGUUUUCUCUUUUUAUCGUGUUCUUUUUGUAUUACUUUACAUGCUGUGGGGGGAGGUGCUAAUAAGCAUGAGCACUGAGACUGCUGGGAGCCGUGGCUGAGGGGGAAAAAAAUCACACAGAAGAAACUCCAGACAGCAUUCUGAAUUUGUAUUUUCUGUUAACCAGGUACAGAUUAAAAGAGUUUGACUCGG